UGCGUUUUCGCAUUUGGCCACAUGUGCUCUUGUACCACCAACGACCGCACGGAAUAGUUAUGUACGCGAAGUUAUUCAUCGUUUGCUGCGUGUUGGCGGCGGCUUCAGCAGCGCCGGGAUACCUCGACGGCAUCAGUUAUGGUGCGCCAGCCAUCGCCACACACGCGUACGCUGCACCUGCCAUCACACACACUAUUGCCGCUGCUCCCGUGGUACGCGCAGAGCCUGUCGACCCUAACCCAGCCUACACUUACUCAUAUGGUGUGAACGACCCCUCAACUGGAGACCACAAGGAUGCCCAGGAGACACUCCAGAACGGAGUAGUCCACGGAUCCUACAGCCUGGUCGAGCCUGAUGGCCACCUCAGAAAGGUGACCUACACGGCUGACCACGUAAACGGCUUCAACGCUGUUGUCGAAAGGACUGGCAAUGCGCACCCUGCUGUAGCAGUUGCCCAUGCCCCGGUAGCAGUCGCGGCGCCGAUCGCUGUUGCACACGCCCCAAUUGCCUCCAUCGGCCACCCAUGGCGCUAGUCACACCCAACUUAACUUGCUAUAUCGCUGAUUGGAGGAACGGCUGACCAAAGCAGACAGAUUUGGAAGACGAAUGGAAUGCUCCAUACGUCUCUUAGUCCUAGAAUAUUAUCUAUGGUUAAUGUCUGAGUUUUGUAUAUCGUUGAUAGAAGCUUCUCGCUAUUUGUCUCGUACACGAUUGUCACAGUAUUAUGAGCGAUGUUGUUUUCUGUUAUCAGAAUAGGCGCGUUAUAUAUAUUUUUAUUUAUUUACUUCUGUUUAAGUAUAUAGGUUUCUCCAUUCAGCAAUAAAGCAAGCACGAUACAUG